UUGCCAGUUUUCAGCCUCCUCAUGCCUCCAUCUCCUUUAGACGACAGGGUAGUAGUGGCACUAUCUAGGCCAGUCCGACCUCAGGAUCUCAACCUUUGUUUAGACUCUAGCUACCUUGAAUCUGCCUCUUCUAUUAGUGAUCACCACGUAGCCGUGAUUGCCACCACCGUUGUGUCUCUAAAAGCUGCGAAUCUGACGUAUAUGCCCUCAUCCACUUGCUCUGCCCGCUCCCUGAAUUGUGGAUGCAGCAGUGCCAGCUGCUGCACUGUGGCAACUUACGACAAGGACAAUCAGGCCCAGACCCAAGCCAUCGCUGCCGGCACUUCCACCAACAUAGGAACCUCUACUGUCUGCCCUGCCAACCAGAUGGUCAACAACAAUGAAAAUCUUGGCUCUUUAAGUCCAUCAGGUGGGGUGGGCAGCCCCAUGUUGGGGACCCCCAAGCCACUAGCCAGCAUCAAAAUAAUCUACCCCAAUGACUUGGCAAAGAAGAUGACCAAAUGUAGCAAAAGUCACCAACAGAGCCAGGGUCCUGUCAUCAUUGACUGCAGACCUUUCAUGGAAUACAAUAAGAGCCACAUCCAGGGGGCUGUCCAUAUUAACUGUUCUGAUAAAAUCAGCAGGAGGAGAUUACAGCAAGGCAAGAUCACAGUCUUGGACUUGAUCUCCUGUAGGGAAGGCAAGGACUCUUUCAAGAGGAUCUUUUCCAAAGAAAUCAUAGUUUAUGAUGAGAAUACCAAUGAACCCAGCCGGGUGAUGCCUUCCCAACCACUUCAUAUAGUCCUAGAGUCACUGAAGAGAGAAGGCAAAGAGCCUCUGGUUUUAAAAGGUGGACUAAGUAGUUUUAAGCAGAACCAUGAAAACCUCUGUGAUAGUUCCCUCCAGCUGCAGGAGUGCCCAGAGGGUGUUGGAGGAGCAUCUGCAGCCUCCAGUGUGCUACCUCAGCCCCUUCCCCCCACGACCCCUGACAUUGAAAAUGCAGAGCUAACCCCUAUCUUGCCCUGCUUGUUCCUCGGCAACGAGCAUGAUGCUCAGGACCUGGAUACCAUGCAGCGACUAAACAUUGGCUACAUCAUCAAUGUCACCACCCACCUCCCCCUCUACCACUAUGAGAAGGGCCUGUUUAACUACAAACGACUGCCUGCCACGGAUAGCAACAAACAGAACCUGAGGCAAUACUUUGAAGAGGCUUUUGAGUUCAUUGAGGAAGCUCACCAGUGUGGAAAAGGACUCCUCAUCCAUUGUCAGGCAGGUGUGUCCCGCUCAGCAACCAUCGUCAUUGCCUACUUAAUGAAGCACACCCGGAUGACCAUGACUGAUGCUUAUAAAUUUGUCAAAGGCAAACGACCAAUUAUUUCCCCCAACCUUAACUUUAUGGGGCAGUUGCUGGAGUUUGAGGAAGACCUAAAUAAUGGAGUGACACCAAGAAUCCUUACACCAAAGCUCAUUGGAGUGGAGACAGUUGUGUGACCACUGUGUGAUGUUAUUAAUUUGAUUUGAG